GACUCAAUUGUUGACUUAUUUCAAGCCUAUAUUACGCCCAGUGUGCAUUCAUAUUUAAAUAUAUAUGUAUAUAAAAUAUAAUGUCUAAAGUCCAUCUUUCUACAAUUUAAUAAUCUUUAUAGCAUGCAUAUAAAAGUGUGAUGUACACAGCUCAAAUUCAAGAAGCCGACGCCUCCCUGUCUACGUCCCUGGCUUUAACAGCUACAAGGGGUAGGUUUUUGCCGGUUUCUAACUUUAUGGUUGCACUGCACUUGCACUUGCGCUUGAGCAUAAAGCGAGCAUAAAAGCAAAACUUUGGUCGUUGUUAACUUAUGCAAUUGGCGAUUGCUUUAAAAUCGGUGACGUAACAAGCAAAAUAUUUAUCCAUAUAUAUAUGUAAAUAGCAAGGCGAAAGCGAAUCUAAAUCAGGUAUCGGAUAGCGGAUAGAGAAAAGGCCAGCUCAGUGCCUAAGCUGGUAAUUAUUGACGGGCAGAAUAUGCGCAGAGAAUCAGUACUCACAGCAACCAAAACAAACAGACCAAGAAAGUAAAGCCAAAAAAAAAAAACAACAAAAUAUAAAAAUGGACGGCAGCAAGCUUGAGGAAGACACCUGCGGUGAGUCGGACGUGGAUGUAUCAUCGCAGUUCAUGCUCAAUGAUCUGCAGCUGGCAGCGGAGCUGGGCAAAACGCUGCUCGAGCGAAACAAGGAUCUGGAGAUAAUGCUGAAGGAGCACAAAUGCCGCAACGAGGAGCAACAGCGCGAGAUUGUGCAUCUGCGCAAGCAGAUCAAUGCCAUGGCCGAGGUGAACGAUACGCGUUUGAAGGUCUACGAGCAGCUGGAGGUGGGCAUACAGGAUUUGGAGCGUGGCAAUCACCGGCUGACAUUGGAGAAGACGCGCGACAAGAAGCAAAUCAAAUCGCUGGGCGCCAACAUUGAAUCUCUCGAGGCACGUUGCGAGGAGCUCAACCAGCAGCUGGAGGAGACACGUCGCCGCCUAAGUGCGGAACGGCGUAAAAAUGAAAAGCCAUCGCAGCAGCCGCAGGAGCGCAUCGAUCUGCUUAGCUUACCCAAACCAUGGGCAGUGGGCAGCACUCCCGACAUGAAUGCCACGCCCAUUGAGAACAACUCAUUUGCUGCAAAUGCGAACUCAACGGGCAUCACGGAGUUAUCGCAUGGCAAUGAUCGAUCGAUGGCCUUGAGCGAUGUGGGCGGCCCGGAGGAGAUUAUGGAAGCAGCCGCUGCCGCCGGCAUCAAGGGUGAGGAGAAUGAGGAGCUGAUGAGUCUGAUAACCGAUUUGGAGCUACUGCGUCGUAACUUUAUGGCGGAAAGGCAGCGUAAUGUCGAACUGGAGGAGCAGCUGGUGGCCAUUAUCCAAGAGAACCAAACGCUUCAGAGCCGUAAUGCAAUUACAAGCACAAACGAGGAGAUGAUGUCCAUGCAGGAUGAGUUCUCGCUGCUGGAUGAUGUGCGGCAAGGGCAGAUGUGCAGCCGCUGCUUGCGCAUCAUGGAGGAACAGGCCUCCAACAAUGACGGCCAAUCAUCUGUGGCCCAGACCGACGACGUGGCCGAGGAUGACGAACGAAGCCUGUUGGGCAGUGAGUUUAGCGCACAGUUGGCUGAAAACUCGGCGGAAUUGCUGGAGUUGAAGAGUGCUGGCAGUCCGAACCCAUAUCGUGAUCUGGUCGAGAAAUAUGAAGCUCUGCUGGAGGUGCAGCGCACAUCAAAUGUGCGCAAAACCAAUCCAAUCAAUGGAGACGCCGCCGUCCAGCUGCCAAACGAUGUGCAAUCAACCACUCAAAAGCUCAACACGGUAGCCAACCAGGAGACCAGAUCAGAUCAGACUGCAACUGCAGCCGAUGAUGGGAAAAAUGCCAAGAGUGCUCGUGGUCGGGCAUCCACAGAGUUCUCGGAGGCUGAGACAUCGUCGUCUGGGUUUUCAGAGGAGACCAGCAAUAAGUACACACAGACGGAGGAGCGUCCCGGUUACUUUUUAUGCUCAAUUAGCAAUGGCGAGGAAUGCAAGCUAAGCAUUUACGACGAUGUCACCCCCAUCGACACACAUUUCCAGAGUCGGCCCGAGUACAGGGAACUGUUUAAGGAGAUCUUUGGUGUGCUGAAGAAGGCCGCCGACAACAAAGAAGAUGGCGAGAAACCAAAAUUGUCCGAUGAGGAAGGUGCACAGCCAAAGAAUGAGCCAACUCCAAUGACCAAUGAUGCACCAGCCAACGAGGAAUUCUCUGUUGACUUUGGUGACGAUACGCAGAGUAUUAUCUCAUCGGUGUUUUCCGAUCAGUCGUUUGCCAUGUCCGAGUGCGUCACCAAGCUGGAACGCAAGACAGCCAAGAAGCAUAUUACUGAAUGCAAAAAUCAGGAGAAUCGCGUCUCCCAGGCAAGCUGCACGUCCAUCUCUCAGGUUGGUGGCACACCGAAUCCGAAUACGAAUGCCAUUAAAUCGAUCGAGGAGAAUGGUCGUGUGCUGACUCCACUGAAGCGUGAACCACUCGAGUAUUUGACCGUUGGCGUUGGCAUUAAGAAGAGAAAUCGUCGCAAGAACCGUAGUCUGCACAUCAAUGGCAGUCGCGUUGAGUCACCACUUGCACAACCCUCACCGCUGGCUCAAACCGGUUCCACGCACAGUGCUCGGCGCACCCGCAAAGACUUUGUGCCGAUGCGUCCGGAAAUGUUUGCGCCCGAGCGCGUUGUCGGCCGUCGGGUGCCAGCGGAACGCUCCAGCACCGAAUGGAAUGGCUCGCCAAUGGUUAUCUAUAAUCGUAAUAUGAGCGCCAAUCGCGCCAAGCGCAACGGUUGCGUUAUCGAAGUCAAUGGUGUUGAGUUCCAUCCAAAUACGGUGUCGCAGGAGUUCCACAAACUGAAGAGGCUGGAUCUGUCCUACGCUGAGGUCUUGCGUCGUGCAGAUGCCUGCGAGCAUCAAGCUCAGCCGUCGCAUCGCGCUCAGCGGUCGCAGCAAUCUCGCUGGAACAACAAGAGUCAAUCUAAUCGCCGCUAAACCUAGACUAGACUAGCUAUUUGUAUUAUUUCUCAACUGUCGACUAACACGAUAGGCCAUAGCAGUCGCUUAAUGUUGGCUCCAAUUGCCAAAGGUAGUGGACAAGUUUUAAUGUGUAGUUUUUAGUUUUUGUCUUAAACAAAGUGAUCAAUUUUUUAAAAAUUUCUAUUCGCAAUAUUGUUUUAUAUACAUUUUAGUUCUACAACAACAAAUUUAUUUCUACAACUGGUCGACAUCAUCAUUUGCGUUUUUACUAAAUUGUAUAACCAAGCCAUACUUUGAAUGCAACACAAAAUUCUAUGUUUAAUUCAAUAUGAAAGUAAAACAUCUCAAUAUGCUUGCUAGUAUACAAAUAUAUGAACAAAUAUGUAUGGAAGGUCUUUAAGAUAUAUAUAUAUAUAUAAUAAAUAAGCAUGUGUGCCAAGUCUAAUUUAACUGAAAUAACAUGCAUCGACCAAAUCUUUUCACAAUUAAAAUUGAUUUUCCACAUUGGGA